AUGCCUUUCUAUAACACCUACCCGGGCUUCCUUUAUCGGCAGUUCCUGGUCUGCCCUUCUAAGGCCCCGUCCACCACUUCCCUUCGCGGGAAGGCGGGUAUCGUGACGGGCUCCAACACUGGACUGGGUUAUCAAGCCUCAGCCCAGUUUCUCGGGCUCGGACUAUCCCAUCUGAUUUUGGCCGUCCGCAGCAUCUCUAAGGGCGAAGCUGCCCGAGAAUCCCUUCUCGCUUCACUCUCCGCUUCGAGCAAACCCUCCAUGGUCGAGGUCUGGGAAUUGGACAUGGGCAGCUACCCCAGUAUUAUCGAGUUUGUCGACCGCCUUAAGCGCUCCGAGAUCCUGAUUGACUUUGCUCUUCUCAACGCCGGUGUUGCCAACUUCAACUUCACCGUCAACCAACUCACCUCCCACGAGUCAAGUAUCCAAAUCAAUUGGCUAAGCACAGCUCUCCUAACUCUGCUAUUGCUGCCUGAACUCGACCGUCAAGCUGCCAAUAACCUCAAUCGCACUCGCCCGGUGAUUUCCAUCGUCGGAAGUGAAACAGCCGCCUGGGCCAAGUUUCCCGAAGCCCAGGUGGCUACCAAGCAGGGAUUCCCACUCAUCGACGUAUUGGACGACAAGAGUCACUUCGACAUGGGCGAUCGGUACUAUACUUCCAAGCUGCUCUAUCAGCUCUUCUUCCUCGAGUUGCUCGGCAGACGGUCCAGUGCCAAGCGCGCCACGGGCACCAUUCUCAACUUGGUCAACCCCGGUUUUUGCUAUGGCUCUGAGUUGCAUCGCACAGCUGAGGGUGCCUUUGGUAAGGUACUUGGUGGCAUGAAGAGAGCCAUUGGUCGCUCUGUCUCUAUGGGUGCGCGUACACUGGUUCACUCAUCGGUGCUGGCCGGUGAACCUUCCAAUGGCAAGUACCUGAGUGACAACAAGCCGGCUCCAUUUGCAGGAUAUGGAGACAGUGAUUCUGGUAGAAUAAUACAGACUCAGAUGUGGCAGGAGACAUUGUCCGAGUUGGGCCCGGUGGUGGAUAUUGACAAGCUGCUGUCGGAGAUUUAA